AUGUCCGCCGCCGAAGCAAAUGCGUUCAUUCAGGAGGUCUGGGGCUUGCAGGGUGCUGCCUAUCUCGUGGUCGGAUUACGAUAUUACAGCCGAGCCUCUACAUUGGGGUGGCGGAAGUUUGCUUGGGAUGAUGCUCUGAUGCUUCUGGCAAUCCUGGUAUAUACUGCGGAAUCAGUGGCGGCAUAUUUUGUCGUUGCGUACUGGAAAGGGUUUGCAAACAAUGGCAUGACCGACGACCAACGAGCUGCUCUAGAUCCAACAUCGCCAGAGUGGCUCUUGCGUGUCAACGGCUCCAAGACACAUGUCAUUGGCCUUCUACUAUACACAACUCUGCUAUGGUUACUGAAGGCUUGUUGGGUAGUUUACUACUCUCGUCUUACUGAUGGGGUUCACAAGAUGAAGCGAGUCAUCUUCUGGGCUAUGAUUAUCAUGCCCAUAACCUACGUUGCAUGUCUGUUGGUCGCAUUCAUGAAAUGCAUUCCGUUUCAGAAUCAAUGGCAGAUCAACCCUUCACCUGGGAACUCUUGCAUGCCUGCCGUUUCUAUAUUGCAAACCACCUUUGUCAUGGCCAUGAAUACAGUAACAGACUUUUACCUGAUGGCUAUUCCGCUUCCUAUGGUGUGGAAGUCCCAUCUGCCCUGGAGGAAGAAGGUGACUCUCAUGAUCAUGUUCAGCGGUGGCUUCCUCGAGAUGACGUUCGGUAUCCUUCGUUGCGUCUCGAUCCUUACAGUUGGCGACACCGAUCCCGCUCAAUCAGGCUACUGGUCUGUCCGAGAAUCUUUCGUUUCCGUAGUCCUUACCAACAUGCCCAUGGUCUACCCCCUCUUCAAAAGCGUCAUCGACAAGAGCCGCAAUGCGAGUACCAACAAAAGUGGCGCCAUGGGUGACAGCCAGGGAUACCGCUUGGGCAGCUACCCAGGCAAGCAGGGACCCCGAAGCCACCCUCUUUCCAUUCCAAACGAGACGACGUGGGGAUCAGACGAACACAUAGUCUCUAGCAGUGUGGAGAAGAACAUUGCCGGUGGCGAGGAAGCCUCAAUUGGCUCUACGGAUAAGCCUCAGAGCCCUUACUUGCCUCAAGGAUCGAACAUUGCGGAAGUUGCAGCAGAACCCGUCAACAACAAUCGGCAAUCAAUGAGAGCAAGGCGUAAUCAACCUGAUGUUGACCCCAACAAGAUUGUCGUCACAACGGAAUACACUAUUUCGAGGGCAACGCCUGACCCGCAUGGGCCUAGGAUGGGGAGAUACUAA